AACCUACCAAGUCGGGAACAGCCACGACAUUUGCCUCAAAGGCAGAUGAGCUCACAACGAAGAAGAAGACUAGCCCCCUAAAGGGCAACACCCCCCCCCUUCACCCAAUGCAAACAAGGCAUCAACAUGUCCCCUCUGCAAGAGCCAACAUCAACUCGAUUCCUGUAGCAGUUUUGCAGCCAUGAGCCUUAGUGAAAGGCAUGACCUCAUCAAGAAGAGCGGCCUUUGCUUUGGAUGUCUCAAAUGGGGUCACAGAAGUCGCGAGUGUCGCCACAAGAAGCAGUGUGCAGUCUGUGGGCGCUCCCACCCUACUUUGCUGCACGACUUCUCCAAGUCCACUCCAGAUGUGCAGACCAAAGAUGACACCGAUGACAAAGAAGUGGUUGUUGUUCAAUCUACCACACAUCGAGUGCAGACACUUGACGUCGGAGAAAAUUGCUCACACACUCUCAUCGUUCCCGUCAUCGUUCAUCACAUCAAAGAACCCUCUGCGAAGGUGAUAGUAUACGCCCUAUUAGAUGAACAUUCCGAUUCUUGCUUCGUCUCAGAUUGGACACUAGAAAGGCUCGGAAUCGAUGGAGAGGCAGUCCAGCUGAGUCUGUCUACAAUAUUAGCGAAGGGCACCAUAUCAUCCAGAAAGGUGCAUGGCCUAACUGUCAAAGGAUUGUCCGAGGACACCGAGAUACAAUUACCAGGCGCCUACUCCAGAGAAUCUAUCAAUGCAAACCGUGAGCAGAUUCCGAAGUUGGACACCGUGAAGGAGUGGCCUCACUUGAAACGAGUCGCCAACCUACUACCUCCCUACCUGAGUGAAACCGAGAUCGGACUUUUGAUUGGCUGCAAUGCAACUCGCGCAAUCAAGCCGAGAGAUGUCGUCCAUGGAGAGGAAGAUGCCCCAUAUGCAGUCAGAACAGCCCUUGGAUGGGGAGUGAUAGGAAUGAUGCGUCAUGACAACAGCGGCAACAAUGUUUGCAGAAUUUUGAAUGCAUCAAAGGAGCAACAAGGCCACUUCGCCUUUCGCACCCAAGUGAAAGAAGUCAGCCCCCUCCAAGUCACAAAAAUGUUUGAGAUGGACUUCAUCGGGAAAGACACCGAAGAAAUGGUUUCCCACGAUGACCGAAAGUUCAUGCAGAAGAUGAAGGAUGGUAUCCACAGACGUGAUGAUGGCCACUUUGAGAUGCCCCUCCCACUGAAAACAGAUGUCCAGCUCCCCAACAACAAGCCAGUAGCUCUGAAGAGGCUCAACAAGCAAAAAAUGAAGAUGUUGAGCAACCAAAAAUAUCGAGAUGAUUACAAGACCUUCAUGGAAAACAUCAUCGAAAAGGGCUACGCAGAGAAGGUUCCGGACGAGGAACUUGACCUGGACAACAAGGCCGUGUGGUACAUACCUCAUCACGGGGUAUACCAUCCCAAGAAACCAAACAAGAUCAGAGUCGUCUUCGACUGCAGUGCUGAAUACGAGGGUGAAGUGUUGAAUCGACACCUACUGCAGGGACCCGAUAUGACCAACAAUCUUGUUGGGGUUCUUUGCCGAUUUCGGAAGGACCACGUCGCCUUCACCUGUGACAUCGAAGGCAUGUUUCAUCAAGUUGGCGUCAACGUGGAAGAUCGCAACUACCUGAGAUUCUUGUGGUGGCCAGGAGGUGACAUGAACCGGUCCCCAAAUGAAUAUCGAAUGACGGUUCACUUGUUCGGCGCUACCUCUUCCCCAGCUUGUGCAAAUUUUGCACUGAAGUGUGCUGCUGAUGCAUACGAAGAUAGUUGUGGGACGGCGGCAGCCGACUUCAUACGGAAGGACUUCUACGUCGAUGAUGGACUAAUGUCAGUCCCAACUUCCGAUGAAGCCCUGAAGUUGAUAGAAGACAGCAGACGGCUGUGUCAGAAGAGUGGAUUUCACCUUCAUAAGUUCAUCUCCAAUGACAAGGUGGUUGUGAAUUCCAUACCUCUCAGUGAACGAGCCAAGGAUGUUCAGAACGUUGACGUGUUCUCAGAAGGCCUUCCCAUCGAGCGUACUCUAGGUGUACAGUGGUGUGUUGAAUCCGAUGCUUUCCAGUUCAGAGUCCACUUCAACGACAAACCACCCACUCGUCGUGGCAUCAUGUCGAGCGUCAGCUCCAUAUUUGAUCCACUUGGUCUGGUAGCACCAGUCUUGCUUGUUGGAAAACGCAUUCUCCAAACCUUGUGUCGUGAUGGGUAUGCAUGGGACGACCCAAUCUCAGAGGAAAUCAGAUCAGAGUGGGAGAAAUGGAGGAACGACAUCCUGCAAUUGGCAACCCUGAAUAUCCCACGAUGCUACAAGCCUGAGAAGUUUGAUGUCAUCAAGUCAGCAGAACUGCAUCACUUUUCCGAUGCCAGUACCGAAGGCUAUGGUCAGUGUAGCUACUUGCGACUGAUAGACGACAAAGGAAGUGUAUGUACAACUCUGGUCAUGGGAAAGUCCAGAGUAACUCCUUCGAAGCCAGUUACCAUCCCUCGACUGGAACUUACAGCAGCCGUCAUCUCGGUGAAAGUCAGUACUUUCCUCAUGAAGGAACUAGAGUAUAACGAUGUGACUCAGUUCUACUACACUGAUAGCAGAGUCGUACUCGGGUAUAUUGCCAAUGACAGCAAGAGGUUCCACAUAUUCGUCGCCAACCGCGUGCAGAAGAUCAGAGAUCACACCACACCUGAAGAUUGGCGACAUGUUGACACUAAAACUAACCCGGCAGAUGCAGCUUCCCGAGGUCUCUCUGCUGAGUCACUCAUCAAGAGCAAACUCUGGUGGAGUGGUCCAGAUUUCCUGCAAGAAAGAGAACCCCCCCCCACCUGA